GAAAAAGAGAUUAGAAAUUAGAAAUAGGAUUAAAGGCUGUGUAAUGUAAUGUAGGCAUUAAGCAACAUUGCAGCGAUUGAUCCAUCCAUCAACACAAACAAAGGCCCCACUCUCACAUCACACAACACUACAAAACUCUGCGUCGCUCCCAAACGCAUCAAAGCAAUCACUCUCUCUCUCUCUCCCUCACUGGCUUUCCAAGGAAGGAUGAACAAGCGACCAAGGAACACUGUUUACAAGCCCCUUCGCGAUCUUUCCAAUCGAGAGCUCGGCGAAUUACCCGCCAGAAAUUUCCCUAACCGUCUCGCCGCCUCCGAGGAUCUUGUACUUCGACUUGAUGUAUUCAGAAAGCUCGAAAAGCACAGAGGUUGUGUGAACACUGUAUGCUUCAAUGCAGAUGGUGACAUUCUCGUUUCGGGUUCUGAUGACAGAAGGAUUAUUCUCUGGGAUUGGCAAACUGGUCGUAGUAAAUUAUCUUUCCAUUCUGGUCAUAGUAACAAUGUUUUCCAGGCUAAGUUUAUGCCUCACUGUGAUGAUCGAAGCAUCAUCACUUGCGCUGCUGAUGGCCAGGUGAGACAUGCUCAAAUCCUUGAAAAUGAAGGAGUGGAAACUAAGUUGUUGGGCAGUCAUCAAGGACGCGCUCAUAAGUUGGCUAUUGAGCCUGGUAGCCCUCAUAUAUUUUAUACCUGCGGUGAAGAUGGAUUAGUACAGCAUUUUGAUCUGAGAACUGGGGCUGCAACGGAACUUUUCACCUGCAAGCCACUUAAGGAUAGAUGGAAUUACAUGCCAGUCAUCCAUCUUAAUACAAUUGCAAUUGAUCCAAGGAACCCAAAUCUCUUUGCGGUUGCUGGGUCUGACGAGUAUACGCGACUUUUUGAUAUCCGCAAGUAUAAAUGGGACGCAUCAACUGAUUUUGGUCAACCGACCGACUACUUUUGUCCUCCGCAUUUGAUUGGAGAUGAGCGAGUAGGAAUAACAGGCCUGGCCUUUUCUGAACAAAGGGAGCUUCUUGUGUCCUACAAUGAUGAAUUUAUUUACCUUUUUACACAAGAUAUGGGUUUGGGACCGGAUCCUGUUCCUGGGUCCCCUAUAUCUGUGGAUAGUGAUACAAGUGAAACGGGAGGUAGUCAUGGAUCUGUGCAAUCUCCAUCAAAGAUGGAUGCUGAUGAGAAAAUCACCCCUCAAGUUUUUAAGGGACACAGGAAUUGCGAGACAGUCAAGGGUGUUGGUUUUUUUGGGCCUAAUUGUGAGUAUGUAGUGAGCGGAUCAGACUGUGGUCGGAUUUUCACAUGGAAGAAGAAAGGUGCUCAGCUUAUUCGUGUCAUGGAAGCAGACAAGCAUGUUGUGAACUGUAUUGAGUCUCAUCCUCAUACAACAGUUCUUGCAAGCAGCGGUAUUGAGCAUGACAUCAAGAUAUGGACUCCAAAGGCCCUCGAGAAAGCUGUUUUGCCCAAAAAUAUUGAGCAGGUUCUCAUAUUUGAUGAAAUUCGUUGGUUUGAGAGUGAUGACGAUGACGAUGACGAUGAGGAUAACGAUGAUAUGUUUGAUGAUGAGGAUGAUAUGUUUGAUGACGAUGAUAUGGAUGAUGAUAAUGAGGAUGACGACGAAGGUUGUGAUGAUGACGACGAUGAAGGUUAUGAUGAUGACGACGAUGUCGAUGAAUAUGACAAAGGCGGUUAUGUCAAUGAUUGUAAUGAUGAUGUCAAUACUGGUGUUGGUGAUGAUAAUAAUGAUGACAAUGGCAACGAUGAUAAUUUUUCUGGUGGUUUGUAAUGAUGCAAAUUGAUAAAAGUUUUGUGUGUCCGACAGAAACCCAAGGCUAGGGGCUGGAUGUACCAGAUAGAUUCUCCGGAAGACUUGAUGUUGCAACUGUUUUCACUUCCAAGACGGAGGGUUAGGACAGAAACCAAUGCAGAACGUUCAACUGCAACUGCAGAUCGAGAACUUUUAGAGUUGAUAUUGACAUUCAAUACUAUUAGUGAUGAUUCUACUGAUGAUGAUGAUGGUGGUGAUGAUGAUGGAGAUGCAACCAUCCAAGAUGACUUGUUCAGUUGAUUUGAGUUGUGCUUGUUGCCUUGGGCCUCCUAAAACAAUGAUAGCAAUUGUAUAUAUAACAUAGGAUUAAGAAUAACUCGAGUAUAAUCUUGCAGACUGUUGUAACAGUAUUCCGAAUACAACUGCCCUUAAAUUUUAUUUGUGGUACAUGUUUUAGUUCUUUAUGUUUAUGUGAUGUAAAUUAGUCGUCUGCUAUGUGUUUAUUUAAGUCUUUGAUCCUUUGGGUGUUGCAACAUUGAUUUUGACCAAAGCUUCGCCCCUGGAUCCUUUUGUUAAAAUCAAUUUGACCACAUGAGUACACAUUCUGCUGUCUAUACAAACAUGCAUUGUUGGUCUGAACCUAAGGUCGAGAGUUAUUAACUUUAAAGGCAACGGGGUUGUUUGACUUA